CAAUAAACAACCCGCUGGCCAGAAGAAGCACAGAGGAACCUGUCGCAUAUUUUUGAGACAUUUAUGAUUAAAAGAAAAACUAGAACGACCCGUUUCAACAAAAAGAAGCUCUUUUAAAAGCCGCUCUGAACAAAGCCAGGUCCAAACACGGACAUUCGGGGGAUUCUGGUGUCAGAGGACAAGUUAGACGCUUUCAUAUUUUUUAUAUAUAUAUAUAUUUUUUUUUAUUAUCGUAUUCUCAUCUGUACACACUACCGAGGGGGCUUAAAUCUGUUAUGCCGGACUGGUCUCUCUCUCCGUCGCCUCUCAGCUCCCUCUCCCCGUCUGCUGUGGCCCCAUGUCUCGGUGGCUCUUCCCUUGGUCGGGCUCUAUUAAGAAACGGGCCUGUCAGUACCUACUGCAACACUACCUGGGCCACUUCCUGGAGGAGAGACUCAGUUUGGACCAGCUGAGCUUGGAUCUGUACAAUGGCAGCGGGGUCAUUAGAAAUAUUAACCUGGACGUUUGGGCGGUGAAUGAGUUGUUGGAUUCGUUGGGGGCUCCGCUAGAGAUUGUUGAAGGUUUCGUGAGCAGCAUAGCGGUGACUAUUCCCUGGGCAGCACUUUUGACGGACCACUGCACCCUUGAAGUCACUGGAUUGCAAAUAACAUGCAGACCCAAAUACAGAACCAAUGGCAGCUGGGAUUCUCAAGGGUGGUCCUCAUGUAUGACGUCUAGCAUGCAGUUGGCCCAGGAGUGCCUGAAGGACCCGCCCGAAGCAUCCGAAGAGCCGCCCGCUCCACUGGAGGGGCUGGAAAUGUUUGCACAGACCAUUGAGACAGUCCUACGUCGAAUAAAAGUCACCUUUCUGGAGACCAUAGUGAGAGUAGAACACCAUCCCCUGGACUCUGACGCUGGGGUUGCCUUAGAGAUGCGCAUUAAACGUGUGGACUAUUGUGAUGAGGCUGUAAGAGACUCAAGCCAGACAGUGCCUGUAGACAUCCACCAGCCACCAGCCUUCCUGCACAAGAUCCUACAGCUCAACUCUGUGCAGCUGCUCUACGAGACCCUGAGAGGGUCACAGGGGCUGAUUCAUUCUGAUAUGGAGAGCAGCAGGGAGAGUUUUAAAAAGACAGAUGAGGAAGAUGAUGAUGAUGAAGUUGCCACUGAUGCCCCACAAUCACUGCAUCCGACCCAGAAGCCCCCUGAACCCUUGCUGAUUGGACAGUGCUCAGGAUUCAUAGAGACAACGGUCAAAAUCAAACAAAACGAAAUGCUGCCUGGGCCCAAGUUUGAGUUGGAUGGUAAGGUGGGCUGUCUCCACCUGCUGCUGUCCCCCAAUCAGAUCACUCACCUGACUGAUCUCCUGUCUGCCCUCUGCAUCGAUACAUCAGAGGGCAGCAGGGGUGGAGGUGUAUCUUCUGGGGGCAUCUCUAGGCCGCUGGACUCUGAUGAUCUGCGUUUGAUUGAAGAGGAUCUCAGUAAACAGCUGAAUGCAGAAAUGAUUGACAGAGACCUGGAGCUGGACACCGAGCCUUACAUCAUCACCAUGGAUAAUGGAGAGAUGUUCUACUCGAUGGGUCCAGGCUACAUGACUAGCAGUGUGUUGUCGACACGAUCUGGGAGUGAGUUGUCUGACAGCGACAUGGAGUCGUCCAUUCACAGCCAGAGCAGCCUGGCUCAAACAAACCCUCUGUCUCCACAGGGAGUGCUCAACUGUCCUCGUCCUUAUCCUGUACCAGGAUCCUUAUCUAGUUUGCCACAUUGUAGCAGACCUCCAAGACGUUCGUCUCGCGGUGGCCAAUCGGAGCCACUGAAACCAGACUCCCUGCUACGCCUCUCUCUGGGCGGAGUCACUCUGACACUGUUGGAGCAGGAACUGCCCCCUGGUCCGGAUGGGCCGUCCUCAUUGGCUGAGGUGUCGCAGUUGUUUUUCCGUGAGCUUGCGUUCUUUAAGGACAGCAUGUUCAGCGAAAGAGGCUUCCAGAAUCUGAGAGGGAGCUUUACUAAAGCAUGUCCCCACUCCCACAUCAGGGUGACGGGUGCAGCAGUGCAGCUGGCGUGUGAGAUGCGAAGCGCUGGGCGGCACACCCGAGUCGCGACCUCUGACCUCUCCUUCAGCAGGCUGGAACUGCUGGAGUGCUUGUGGGACUCCGGUGGCAUGCAGUACACAGAGCUUUUGCAGUUCCAGUCAGCAGGUCUCAUCACGAUGGGUGCAGCUGCCAGACCAUGUGCUCAGUUCCACCACAGUCUGUCUGAGAAACACAUGCGUAAGAGUGGAACGAGGCGGCGUGUGGUGCGUAGAGACAGCUCACUGCAGGUUGAGCUCGGGGAGCUCACCUCAGAGUUGGAUCUGGACAUUUUAGGCAGACUGGAGAACAUCCUGCAAGCUCUGAGCUACUGCCCAACAACACCCCAAAGAACCAAAGCACACACUGCAGAGACUCAUUCGGUGGAGCUCCACUGUUCUCUCCUGCUUCAAGCUCCUCACGCCGUGCUGAAGGUCCGUUUCCCCAUCCCUGACCUUCGACCUCCAGGGCUGAGGCGACCCUUGAGUCAGCGUGCAGUGCGCAGUGAGGUCUUGAGUCUGCAGAUCUCUAAUCUGGAGCUGAGGUCUCAGCAGGGGCCGGACGUUCAGCAAGAGGCCAAACUCACCAAACUGUUGGAGGCCUGUUUCACUGAUCUGCUUGGAAUGUAUGAGGGCUGGGAGGGAGAAUCAUUUCCCUGUAUCCAUGUACAGAAGAGUCCUGUUCCACACAACCCUGAUGGCACACCAAGGAUCCAGGUACGAGUGAAAGAGGGAGCGGGAGGUGUGUGUGAUGGGGUGAAGAGGGAUCUGGGUCUGAGCUCUGUAUCUCUGGAGAAUCCCUGUGAGCUCAGAGAGAAGAACAGCUCUCCGUUCUCAUCCAACCGCACCAUGUUUGAGACAGAAGAGAUGGUGAUCCCAGCAGACCCAGAGGAGAUGAAUGAGUUUCAGUCUCAGUGUACAAGUCAGUGUCAGUAUGUGGUUGACAUCACGUUUCCUGUAGCCUACAUCCUUCUGCCUAGUAAAGAGGCCUUCCAGAGCAUCUAUAACAGGAUUAAUAAUGAUCUGUUGAUGUGGGAGCCUCCUCCACCUCCUCAGUCUCCUCCUCCUGCUCCUCCCUCCUCUUUGCAAGGUGCUCGUAGUCUCUCCCACCAACACAGACAUGUAGAGGACGAGUUUUACCUCUGUAAAUCUGCCGUCAGACUGGAUUCUGACUCUGAAGAGGAGGAGCCUCAGUUUAACUCAGCUAACCAAUCAAAAAGAAGGAAACAGUCAGAGUCUCAGUCUAGCCACGCCCUCAGCCUGCUCUGUUUAACUGUGCUCAUUGGCAAAGGUCGCCUCCAAGCCAUGACAGACAGCAAGAAUGAAGCUGGAUGUAAAGUGGAACACUAUCAUGGUGAACUCAUUUUGGACUUGGAAGGGGGGAAGAUUUUUAGUGUGGCACAACACCAGAACAAUCCCAAUCUCAACUUCCUGACCAUAGAGAGCAAAAGAGUGGAGCUCUACCAUAAAGCGGAGGUCCCGGACUCACCUAUCCCUGUCAGACUUGAAAUGCCUAGUUUCACUCCCCCGGGGCAUUUGGACCCUACCAUUUACCCCACAGAGGUGGGGGUGAGCAGCAUCAGUGGCCGAGAAACAGACAUUCAAAUGCUGUCUGCUGCCAUCCAAAUCACAUUAGACCUUGAGAGGAAUGUCAAGGAGUUUCUGGUCGCGCUGCGACUCCAUGGUGCUACUUUACGACAUCACAUGGCAUUGACCAAUCAUAGCUGGCAUGAACAGAUAGUUGAUUUCCUUGAUGUCAUCGAUGAUGAUAUAUUGGGCUACACCCCACCUGCCGUCAUCACCGUUUUACACACUCACCUGGCCACCUGUGCAGUUGACUAUAGACCACUCUAUCUUCCUUUGAGACUUUUGUUUACAGCCGAGUCCUUCUCUCUGUCCAGUAACAUCAUAGUGGACACUGCAACCUUUCACCUCAGGUUUAUCUUGGAUGACUCUGCGUUGUACCUGUCUGAUAAAUGUGAAAGUGAAACAGUGGAUCUGAGGCGAGACUAUGUGUGUGUGUUAGACAUUGACCUGUUGAAACUAGCCAUUACGACAUGGAAAGGAACUGACUCAAGUAAACUGACUCAGCCGCUGUUUGAGCUUCGUUGUUCCAAUAAUGUUGUUCACGUGCACACCUGUGCCGACUCGUGCGCUGCUCUGGUUAACAUGCUGCAGUACCUGGUUUCCCAGGGUGACCUACACCCUCCUCCUCACCAUACGUCCCCCACGGAGAUCGCUGGACAGAAACUCUUGCUGUCAGAGAGCCCUGCCUCCCUUCCAUCCUGCCCACCUGCAGAGACAGCAGAGAUUAACCAAUGUGACCUCACAGAUGCCUUGAUUGACACUGAGAGAAUCCUACAAGAAGAGGCCCAAGACUCUGACUCUCCCUCCAUCCGAAGAGCGUCACCGGUCUCGGUCUACCUGUUCCCUGGAGAAGCCCCUAAGCUCCACCCCUCUGUUCUAGAAGGGGAAGAGUCUGAUCUUGACGGGCUAGUGAGCACCGCUAUGGAGGCUCAUGCAGAUAUGUCAGAGGAAGGCUCAGAGGCAUCCUCUGACAAUGAUGACUUCUGCAUCUUAGAGGCUCCUGGCAUGGGCAUCCCGCCCAGAGACGGUGAGCCCGUGGUGACUGUGCUCUCUCAGGGUCUUAUAAAAGUGUGGGAUGGGUACUACUCUCGCCCACGGGGCAGUUCAGACCUGUUGCGCGCCCCAUCCCGGUUCCCAGUGCCUCAGAACAGAGUGGUGCUCCGAGAAGUGUCCAUCGUCUGGCACCUAUAUGGGGGCAAAGACUUUGGUGGCAAACCAAGCUCUGCCCACACACAACACUGCCAAAAGGUUCGCUCAGCUGCUCCUGGAGCCCGUGGUUCUCCCUCUCGCUCAGCGGGGCCCUCGCGGCCCCAGAACUCUUGGCGUUGGGUUGGAGGAAGUGGGAGGCAGCACACACUGCUCAUGGAGAUACAACUGACCAAGGUCAGUUUCCAGCAUGAGACAUACCCAGUGGUGGCGCCCCCUACUGUGCCGGGGCAGGAUGCAGAGGGGAUGGGGCUUGGGGAGCAGCCUAUUUCCCGUCAGGUGUUUAUCGUUCAGGAGCUGGAGGUGCGAGAUCGACUGGCCUCCUCUCAAAUCAAUAAGUUCCUAUAUCUGUACACCAGCGAGAGCAUGCCACGCAGAGCCCACUCCAACAUGCUGACCAUAAAAGCUCUACAGGUGAUGCCUGAAUCAGGUCUGGGCGGACCAGAGUGCUGUCUGAGAGUCAGUCUCUUACCACUGCGACUCAAUAUAGACCAGGAUGCACUUUUCUUCUUGAAGGACUUCUUCAGUAACAUGGCUGCAGAAGUAAAUCCUUUCCUGCCCGCUGACCCUACAGCUGAAGUGAGAACUGACCCUCCUCAAAAGCAUUUAGAUGAGUCUGAUCCCACCUCUGGAUUGGGCCAUGAUCUUGCUGCCUCUGUAGAAACAACCUAUAGUGAGCAGAGUUCCUCCUCCGCUGGCUCCUCCUCCACCUCCGACCAACCAAUCUACUUCAGAGAGUUCCGCUUUACCUCUGAAGUUCCCAUCUGGCUGGACUAUCAGGGAAAGCAUGUGGUUAUUGAGCAGGGUACGUUUGCUGGAAUUUUGAUUGGUCUGGCCCAGCUGAACUGCUCUGAACUGAAGCUGAAGAGGUUGUGCUGUAGACAUGGGCUGCUGGGAGUUGAUAAGGUUAUUCAGUACGCUGUGAAUGAGUGGCUUACGGACAUUAGGAAGAACCAGCUGCCAGGGAUUCUGGGAGGUGUAGGCCCAAUGCAUUCUGUCGUACAGCUCUUCCACGGUGUGCGCGAUCUGUUCUGGAUGCCCAUUGAACAGUACCGGAAGGACGGGCGCAUUAUCCGAGGGCUCCAGAGGGGGGCGGCAUCGUUCGGCACCUCUACAGCCUCUGCUGCCCUCGAGCUCAGCAACAGACUGGUGCAGGCCAUUCAGGCUACUGCUGAGACUGUGUAUGACAUCUUAUCUCCGACUCCUCCUUUGACACGUUACAUCACUGAGGGACGCCCUACUUGCCGUCCCAGGCGCACCCCUCAACCAGCUGACCUCAGAGAGGGCGUAGCCAAAGCCUAUGACACCGUCAGAGAAGGAGUGAUUGACACAGCUCAGACCCUGUGUGAUGUGGCAUCUCGUGGGCACGAGCAGAAAGGUCUUCCUGGGGCAGUAGGUGGGGUUUUGCGCCAGAUCCCGCCCACCGUUGUCCGCCCCCUAAUAGUUGCCUCAGAGGCCACCUCCAACCUGCUGGGAGGCAUGCGGAACCAAAUUAAACCAGAUGCGCGGAAAGAGGACUUCUUAAAAUGGCGCACUGAUGAUGGCCAAGAAUGAGAUUGACGAGUUUUUUGUUAGUGUGAAUGUACAAAUGAAGUAUGAACGAAUGACAUGUCAUAGUAUGCGAGUUAAUCUUUAAGUAUCAAUGCAAAAACAGAGGACAAAAAAAAUAAAUAAUUAAAAAAAAACACGGAAAAGGCUAAAUGGACAUUUUUUUAAGUGGCUUCCACGUAGUUGCACACUUUGUUUCAUGCAAUGCAAAUGUUCUCACUUUGCACAUUGCUAGAAGCGGAGCUCUCUAGACAGCCAAGUGCAACCCACGUUUCUCUCGUCCUACUGAAACAUAUGCAAUCAUAUCAAUCUGGAACACUGUUUACCUGUGAGCUCGAGACCAGGUGUUUUCUCGUUUCUAAAUGCUCAUUUAAAGUUUGAUUGAAUCGAUAUUCUCCCUCUGACAUAUUACAAACACAAUGUUGUUUGUAAUCUCUAAUUUAGGUCAGAUGGCCUUACCAUACAGUUUUUGUGGAUGUCUUUGUAAUGCUAGGAAAGUGAUUCAUCUUUGUCCUCUUUGACUUGUGUUUUAAGCACAGUCAUUUUUCCUGAUGUUUUCGUGCCAUAAUUGAUUCUUUGACAUUAUAAAGAUCUUGUUUUAAAGUUUCAACCUGUUUAACUCUCAAAAGCCUAAACUAACACCAUCAUUUUUGUUUUCUUUCAGAAUGUGAUGGAAAGUUGAAACAUGUCCAGGUGAUAUUUCACCUCAAAAUUAUUGUAAUUUUUUGGCAUUGUUAAAAGUAUUUACCUGACAAUAAAGCAAAUUUUUUACCCAUAUUCUCAUUUCCGUAAUGCAUCCGUAUGCAUUUUUUAUGCUUUUAGGUUUAUUGUAAUUCCCAUUAUUAUUUUGACAGCGAUUCUCAUAACAGUUAUAUAAUACAAUGAUUGUUUUUAUUUAAAAUAGCAUUAAGGUAGUACAAAAAAUAACACCAUAAUAUAUAAAGAUAAAUAUUUGCAAUUUAAAUGUAUUCUUUUUGCAUUACACUAAUUCCAGUUGUGGGGGAAAGUGUGCUUAAUUAUCAUGAAAAUAAUAUCAGUGAAAAAAAAUCUUAUCGGUCCCAAAAAAAAAAAAAAAAAAAUUGGCUUACAUUUUUUAAAGCAAAAUAUAAUUACUUAUGAUUCUUCUUUCUGAUUUGGGGCUGAAAUAUGACCUGGACAUGUUCUAGAGAAA